CACCGUUCUCAUCCAAAAAUACUCCGUUUCACCAAAAAAGAAAAAGAAAAACCCUUCUUAGCUUAGCUUAGCUUAGCUUCAUCUUCUCCGAUCAACAGUCACCUCCUCUCCUCCUUAUUUUGCGUCGCCUCGCCGGAAAGACAGAAAACAGAGAGAGAGAGAGAGAUUCGUGUAAAUUAGGGUUUCUUUCGCCAAAGAGAGGCUUCAAACCUGACCUCUUUUUUCUUAUCUUUUUUCCCUUUCGCAGAGCGAGCGACUCGCGAAAAGAAGAUCCUGCUCCUGAUCUAGUUCGCAAAAUCGUAGAAUCAUUCGAAUUUGCGAUUCAGAUCUCCAUUUUUUACUACCUUGCUUCUCAGGAAGGAUGUUCGGUUCAAACCCUUUUGGGCAGUCAUCGUCGAGCCCUUUCGGCUCUCAAUCGGUUUUUGGACAGACCAAUUCGAGUAGCAAUCCUUUUGCUCCUAAGCCGUUUGGUAGUACAGCUCCAUUUGGUUCGCAAACCGGUGGUUCCAUAUUUGGAGGUACGUCCACUGGGGUGUUUGGAACAGCUCAACCGGCUUCUCCGUUCGGUGCUUCAUCUUCACCGGCUUUCGGUAGUUCACAACCCGCUUUUGGGUCAUCUUCAACUCCUGCUUUUGGUAGUUCAUCGUCAUCGUUUGGUGGAUCGUCGGUUUUUGGUCAGAAGCCUGCCUUUGGAGGCUUUGGAUCUACUCCUACUCAAACAAGUCCAUUUGGUGCCGCUCAGCCAUCACAACCAGCUUUUGGAAGCAGCAUAUUUGGUUCCUCAACGCCUUUUGGUGCAUCAUCUCAGCCAGCAUUUGGUGCGACGAGCACUCCGGCAUUUGGUGCUACGAGCACCCCUGCAUUUGGUGCAACGAGCACCCCUGCAUUUGGUGCAACAAGCACCCCUGCAUUUGGUGCAACUAGCACCCCUGCUUUUGGUGCUACAAGCAGUCCUGCAUUCGGUGCAACUAGCACCCCUGCAUUUGGUUCAACCUCAAGUCCAACUUUUGGUAGCGCAGGGAGUGCAUUUGGGGUGUCAAGUACUCCUGUAUUUGGUAGUGGGGGGGCAUUUGGGGCUUCAAGUAACCCUAUGUUUGGUUCAUCAAGUACAUCUGCGUUUGGCACUUCAAGCAGUCCAUUUGGGGCCUCUAGUACUCCUGCUUUUGGGGCCUCUAGUACCCCAGCAUUUAGUUUUGGAUCCACUCCUCAAGCUUUUGGUCAAUCGUCUUCUGCAUUUGGUAACAGCAGCCCAUUUGGGAGUACAGCCUCACCCUUUGGAGGUCAAAGUUCAGCGUUUGGAUCCCAAACUCCGACAUCAACUUUUGGAAAUACUGGUGGGCAGUCAGGUUUUGGAGGUCAACAACGGGGUGGAAGUAGAGUAGCUAGUUACACAGCAACAACUGAAGCAGAUAGUGGUACCUCUGGACAGACUGCAAAAUUGGAGUCCAUAUCUGCCAUGCCUAUUUACAAAGACAAAAGUCACGAGGAACUAAGAUGGGAGGACUAUCAAUUGGGAGAUAAAGGUGGACCACUUCCCUCUGCGCUGUCAACCGGAUUGACAGGCUUUGGUUCGUCUACGACACCGACAAAUGCCUUUUCUCCUUCACCAGUGUUUGGUCAAUCAUCAGCCAAUCCUUUCUCUAGCACAACACCUAAUUCUAACCCUUUUGCGCCAAAGAGUUCACCUUUUUCUUCUGGAUUUGGAACUUCGGCUACUCCUGCAUUCAGUUCAUCAGCUUUUGGUUCUUCAACAUCAGCAGCAGCACCUUCUCUUUUUGGCUCAACCCCAUCUCCAUUUGGAGCCAACUCUUCUUCAACACCCAGCUUUGGGCAAUCUCCAUCCCUGUUUAAUACUGCUCCUACUCAGGCUACAUCUUCACCAUUUGGCAAUAGCAUUUUUGGCAACACACUGUCAUCCCCAUUAUUUAGUUCUGCAGCCCCUACAGGUGGACAGACAGCUUCUGCUUUUGGACAGAAUACAUCCCCCUUUGGACAGACUACUACACCUUCUUUCAGUCAACCAAGUUUGUUCAAUUCACCUUCUUCUGGGCUUGUUGGAAGUAUUUUCUCAUCAAGUGCACCACUCACUUCUAAUAAUCUUACAGGUUUUGGUCAAACAGCGCCGUCCAUUUCAACACCUUUUCAAUCUGCACAACCUGCUCAGUCGAGUGGUGCUUUUGGCUUUGGCAACUUUGGCCAGACACAACCUGUUGGUGCAAGCAGCUUCGGUGGCACUCCAGGAAUGUUUGGUCAGAAUAAUUUUGGACUUGUGUCUUCUACCCCCCUGAGUUCUGUGGCUGUACAAGCAGUUCCGAAUACAAAUCCAUUUGGAACACUUCCUGCAUUGCCUCAGAUGUCAAUUGGUCGAGUUGGAACUACUCCUUCAAUUCAAUAUGGAAUCUCUAGCAUGCCUGCCCUAGACAAACCUGCUCCUGUUAGAAUAUCGUCUUUAUUGACAUCUCGGCAUCUCUCACAACGACGAAUAAGGCUUCCUGUCAGGAAAUAUCAUUCUAAGAAUGAUGGUCCAAAGGUUGCAUUCUUUAGUGAUGAUGAGGAUACUCCAACAACACCCAAGGCUGAUGCUCUGUUCAUUCCUAGGGAAAAUCCAAGGGCGUUGAUAAUUUGUCCCGUGGAGCAGUGGCCAGGAAAGGCUUCUGAGAAGGCAUCAACAUUUAAGGAUAGAUCCAUCCCAGUGAAUGAGAAUGAGAGUGCUGUAGAAAAUGGUUUUGUCAAGGAGCAAGCUCAGCCUAUAUCGACAAAGCCAACAUCCAAUGGGAGCAAUGAAGAUCAUUCUCCACAAAAGGCGGACGUGUACAAGACACUCAGAGGUCACAGAGCUGGUGAGGCUGCCAUUGUAUAUGAACAUGGAGCUGACGUUGAGGCACUAAUGCCAAAACUGCGGCGAUCUGAUUACUACACACUGCCUCGGAUACAUGAACUGGCAGCCAAAGAAAGAGCUGAACCUGGAUUCUGCAGUCAUGUUAAGGACUUCGUGGUUGGAAGGCAAGGUUAUGGCAGCAUCAGAUUCUUGGGUGAGACGGACAUACGAGGGCUCGAUCUCGAGUCCCUCAUUCAGUUUAACAACCGGGAGGUGAUUGUAUACAUGGAUGAUUCAAAGAAACCCCCUGUGGGACAAGGGCUGAAUAAGCCUGCUGAGGUUACACUACUCAACAUAAAAUGUUUCGACAAAAAAACUGGACAUCAGUAUACAGAAGGGCCAAAGAUCGAGAAAUACAAGGAGAUGCUCAAGAGAAAGACUGAGGACCAAGGUGCUGAAUUUGUAUCAUAUGAUCCCACUAAAGGAGAGUGGAAGAUCAGGGUCAGCCAUUUCAGCAUCUACAAGCUGGUAGAAGAUGAAAACAGUCGGAUAAAUGAUGGCAACUAAGGGUUGGUCCGUUUGAUUCGAUACGGUGGAUGACCACAGUAGAUUUGAUAGUUUCAGAACCAAUGUUCUGCUUUAAAGUUUAUUUUGUUUUUUUCCCUGUAAAUUGUCACUGUAUUGUGUGGAUAUAGCUUGGGCCAAUGUUGUUGAUGUGCUUAUCUUGCUUUGGGGAUAUUUACGGUUGGGGAUGUUCAAAUAUGGGUUUCCUAGGAUCAUUUUUUACGUAAAUUUUGAUUCGCAUAGCUGUUAUGGUUAUUUUCAACUUUUAUUUUUGUGAAUUAUGAUGUUUUGUAUGACACUUUUUAUUUCAAUAAGUUGAUUUAGAGUUCAGUAAAA